AUGUCCUCUUCUGAAGCAAAAACCAUAGGCAUCGCCGGCAUAAGCGGCAAGUUCGCUCAAUGUAUAAUCAAAUCCCUCCUCCUCAACCCAUCAGUCCAUAUCAAAGGUUAUUGUCGCAACGCGUCCAAACUUCCCACGAUAUUGACCACUCACCCCCGAAUCAAGAUCGUGACAGGAUCCUACGACGACAUAACCUCAAUCCAGAAAUUCGUUUCUGGUACCUCCGUCGUCAUAUGCUGUUAUUUUGCCUCGACAGAGGUAAUGAACAACAGCCAGAAAUACCUCAUCAAUGCCUGCGAAGCGGCAAAAGUACCCCGCUACAUAGCCGGAGAUUUCUCUGUUGAUCACACGCUCAUUCCGUCUUCACGUCUUCAUCUCUUCCCCAAACCAACUGCGAAAAUUAUGGAAUAUCUUUCUACCAAGAAAACAGUUAAGGGGGUGCAUAUUUUUAAUGGCGCAUUAAUGGAGACUUUCUGGGCGGAAUUCUUCCAGCUAUAUGAUUCCUCCUCUCAAACUCUCUCGUACUGGGGAGCUGGCGAUGAAAAAUGGGAGUUUACUACAUAUCAGACCGCAGCUGAUUACACGGCCGCGGUUGCAUUGGAUGAAAAUGCUGUGGGGAUUUUCAGAUUCCUAGAGGAUCGAAAAUCCCCCCGUGAACUCCAAUCACUCUUUCAAACCGUCUAUUCCACUCCGCUUCAUCUAAAGUCUCAUGGACUCUUAAUUGAACUCGAACAGAAGCUCGAAGGGGCGGUGAAAACACAUGGCGAAGAUACAUCCCAAUGGGGCGCACUAGGAUUUGCAUUCUGGUGCACAAAUGGAAAAGCGUAUUUAGGGGAAGAGAGCAGUAAUCUUGAUAAUUCCAAGUAUCCUCAAGUGGGAAAUGUUACUAUGGAGCAGUUUUUAAGACGCCAUACUUUGCAGAACCUUCCGCUUGCGGAUCAAAGCUUGGGUUUUGAGUAG